GUGUUUAGUUUCACUUCCGCACUCCUCUCCUGUCCCGGAGCCCGUUAGCCUGGAGGACACUGCGCUCCUUUUGAGGGGACUGAAGUGUUUGUCCCGGACGGAAGCGGCAGCGUGACCCGUGUAGAAGCCUCCGGCUCCGUGCUGAGGCGCUCCAGCGGACCUGUGUGAGCGCACAGCCGCCCCGUGGCCCUCCGGGCGAACCAGGAAGAGACCUCCGCGCCAGGAAGACCGCUUCAACUUCCACUGGCUGCAUUUUAAACUCACUUUUUUGUGCUGCUAUUCCAAACACUAGCAGGCUCCCCCCCUCCAUCACGGUACAAGUCGCCAUGAAGAUGUUGAUCAAUCGCAGAGGAGGGUCUUACCUUGUGUGGACUCUGGCAGUCCAGCUGGUCCUGUAUGGAAUUGGUGCUUACGCCACUGACAACAUUAAGAACUGCAAACUGUUUUCUAAGUCUGAGACAGAACAGAAAGUCCUCAGUCGACUGGAGCCACUCACCAACAGAAACUUCUCAGCACAGGACGCAGAUGGAGAGGAUCAUUACACAUAUGUCUUCCAGCUGUGUGGGGAUGCAGGUGGCGUACCAGGCGCUGGGGUGGUUCAAGUGAAGAAAGAUCAAACGCCUAAAAUCAUCGGCAGAUAUAAUUCAACGCAGGCAAUUGGAGGAAGUGACUGGGUGAUGCUAAUUUACAGAAAUGGUGACAAAUACAACCAACACUGUUCUGGUGAAAUGAGGAACGCCUUUAUUAUGAUCUCCUGCGACAGGAAUACAGAAGUGGGUGAACUGCGAGUUGCUAUGGAGGACAACGAAAAGGAGCACGACUGUUUUUACCUGUUCGAGUUGGACUCCAGUUCAGUGUGUCCAGUUAUCGAAUCCCAGCUCAGCGCUGGCUCGAUUAUUCUCAUCAUUGCUAUGUGUCUUCUGGCUGUUUAUCUCAUCGGAGGUUUCCUCUAUCAGCGACUGAUCGUUGGAGCCAAAGGGAUGGAGCAGUUCCCCAAUCAUGCCUUCUGGGUGGAGGUUGGCAACCUAGUUGCGGAUGGAUGUGACUUUGUGUGCCGGUCUCGGAGUCGAGAUGAAGCCCCAGCGUACCGGGGAGUGACCGCGGAGCCUCUAGAGGAGGACCAAGACGAGAGAGACGACCACCUACUACCUAUGUGACCUCAGUAUCUCAGAAAUGGGACAGAUAUCUUCACUGUGUGAUGAGGUUUACUCUUCCACGGCUCAGAUGAGGUUACCGGUAGACACAAGUCUGCUCUGUUUGGCUGCUUUGAGUCUGAACCUUCGACACUUGGCGUGUUUUCCGGACUUGUGCGUACAGCGACUUCUGUCUGAUUUGCUUGUCAUGUAGAAGGGUAUGUUACUAACUGGGCUGACAGACCCCUCUCUUCUUCCUAGCCUAUACAUUUCAUUCAGCUGUUUGAUGACAAACAAAUGAGUGAUUUAGAUGUGAGAACAUAAAGUAAUUUGUCCUCUGAAGUCUGUCAGAAAAGGGAGAAAUUAGAAGUUGGUUUUCUACAUGACGUUUCUGCUUUGCUCUUUAUGAAUUCUUGUUUGAGGAUUGUGUACACUGCAGCAGUCUGUCCAUCAUGGUGUCUCACUUGUUGCAGAAUACACACACACACGUGCUUUUGCUUGCUUAAUUUGGCUUUAAUCAUCUGUUUUGUUGUGAGAGUUAACACUGUGAUCUGCGAAUGUAAAGGUUUGAUCUGAAGUACAGUGGGUGUACUUACAACAGCUUUGCCACACAUGUAGAUGUCACUGCAAAAACCAAACAUUAACAAAAUUGGAUUUUUCUUGGGGCUUUGUCAGCUCUCCCACUUCAUAGGGAAUAGUGUUCAAAGUGGUGCUCAUAUCCCUCUCAAAUAUUUUUUUGUGAAGCUGUCUGAAUGGGAAGUGGCCUUGGCAAAAACCAUCCAUUUAAUUUUCAUCAGCCAGGUUGGGACAUUGCUGAAGUAAUUCAGUAAGACUUUAGAUUUGGAAUCAAUUGUUGAACGUGCAGUUAAAUUAUGCCAUCCACAUAAAUGCAACCGAACAUUAAUUGAAAAUUAGAAUGCAUUUCUAUGUUUAUGAUUCAUAAUUUAGAUCAAAAAGUAACUUCAAUGUAUAUGUAUUUUCAAAGAAAAAGUACCAUUUACCUUAACAAAAAUGUCAAAUUACAAAUCGAGGAAUUAAUAUUUCAGUAUGUCAACACAGAACUGCCUGCCUUCUUGGUCAAAAUGACAAACAGAACGCUUUGCUGCAAAACAAACCAUGUCUGUUGGAUCAUGUUUGACCAUACUUUCAGCUCAUUUCUGUAUUAAAAUACAUGGAGUGGCAGUAUGAACGGUGUCUUCUGUAUCCCCCUGUCAAUGUAAUGUAGUUGUAGAAAGGUUACAGGUGUAAGGACAGUACUAUUGAAAUUUUGAAUAUUUUUACAUAAAUGUAGAUAUUGAUGCUGCUACAGACUACACCAGGCUUUUUGAUCUUCAUGCAAAGAUUAUGUUGGAGGUCAGUUUUGCAGAAGGACGUUACGAUAUAACAGUCAAUGUGAGCACUUCAGUUUGUUUUGUUUGUUGUGUUAAUGAUGACAUUUGUUUGCUUUAUUUGGUGAAUUAUUUCCAGAAUUUUGAUUAUGGUUGAAAUGUUGACACCUGUGGUUGUAGUGGUUUGACGAGCGUCUAGGCUAGUGUCCUGUAUGUUUGGCUUGAAAUCUGUUUUAAGUCACAGACCUUUGUUUUCUGAAUGCAUUGAAAUAAAUUAUAAAACAUUAUGACA